CAUAAGGUGGCGACUAUACAAUGUACAUCUCAUGUCAAAUAUCUAUUAUACUAUUAUCUCCUCCGAUACUAUCUUCGAUCUCCCCAUUUCAAUUGGUUAAUUUCUCGUGGAAAAUCGAUCCGAUUAGCUGCAUUAACUCCACUCUGUUUCUGUUAAAAAUCUCCUCAAUUUGAUCAGCAUCAGCAAUUCCGACGGCGAUAGAAAAUGGCUAAGGAAUCGGAGACCGGAAACCGUCUGGUGUUCGCUUAUUAUGUUACUGGCCAUGGAUUCGGGCAUGCAACUCGUUGCGUUGAGGUUGUUCAUCAUCUGAUUCUUUCUGGUCAUGAUGUUCAUGUGGUUACUGGUGCUCCUGAUUUUGUCUUCACUUCUCAAAUACAAUCUCCACGACUUUUCCUUCGAAAGCUAGUCAUAGACUGUGGAGUAGUUCAAGCAGAUGCUUUAACAGUAGACAGACUUGCCUCCUUGGAGAAAUAUUCUGAGACAGCAGUUGUUCCUCGUGAUUCUAUUUUGGCAACAGAAGUGAAGUGGCUAAAAUCCAUCAAGGCAGACUUAGUGGUGUCAGAUGUUGUUCCAGUUGCUUGUCGUGCAGCAGCUGAUGCUGGUAUUCGUGCAGUUUGUGUAACAAAUUUCAGUUGGGACUUCAUUUAUGCAGAAUAUGUUGUGGUUGCUGGAUAUCAUCAUAGAUCAAUAGUUUGGCAGAUAGCUGAGGACUAUUCACACUGUCAAUUCCUGAUACGUCUUCCAGGAUUUUGUCCAAUGCCUGCUUUUAGAGAUGUGGUUGAUGUACCUUUGGUUGUGAGGAAGCCACGAAAAUCACGCAAGGAGGUAAGAGAUGAAUUAGGUAUCGAAGACAAUGAGAAGGCCAUGGUACUCAACUUUGGUGGACAAUCAUUAGAUUGGAACUUAAAGGAGGAGUACUUGCCUCCUGGUUGGAUUUGCCUGGUUUGUGGAGCACAUGACAAUCAGCAGGAGCUUCCUCACAAUUUCAAGAAGCUGGCAAAGGACGUUUAUACCCCUGAUGUCAUGGCAGCAUCUGACUGCAUGCUUGGAAAAAUUGGAUAUGGAACCUGUAGUGAAGCUUUGGCAUACAAAUUACCUUUUGUGUUUGUACGUAGAGAUUAUUUCAAUGAAGAACCAUUUUUGAGAAAUAUGCUUGAGUAUCAUGAAGGUGGUGUUGAGAUGAUAAGAAGGGACUUGCUUGUAGGUCAUUGGAGGCCAUAUCUUGAAAUAGCAACUACUUUGAAACCUAGCUAUGAGGGUGGUGUCAAUGGUGGUGAGGUUGCAGCCAAGAUUUUGCAGGAUGCAGCUCAUGGAAAGAAUUACAAAUCAGAUCAGGAUAGUGGGGCAAGGAGAUUGUGUGAUGCCAUAGUGCUUGGAUUUCAAUUACAAAGAGCUUCAGGAAGAGAUAUCAGUAUCCCAGAAUGGUAUACUAAUGCUCAAAAUGAACUUGGUUUUCGUACAGGAUCACCACAAUCAUCUGAUGCUGCUAAUAAUAGUUCCAGCUUUUUUCAGAAUUCAGUUUGUGAUGAGUUUGAGAUUCUUCAUGGAGAUGUAAAGGGUCUUCCAGACACCGUUAACUUUUUGAAAAGUUUGGCAGAAUUACGCGUCUCUCAUAGUUCUGAAAAGCCAUACAUAAGAGAACGCAAGGCUGCAGCUGCUCUCUUUAACUGGGAGGAAGAGAUAUAUGUGGCAAGGGCACCAGGAAGAUUGGAUGUAGUUGGAGGAAUUGCAGACUAUUCUGGAAGCCUUGUUUUGCAGAUGCCAAUUAGAGAAGCUUGCCAUGUUGCUGUGCAAAAGAUUCAACCAGCCAAACAGAGGCUCUGGAAGCAUGCACAGGCUCGACAGCAAGCCAAAGGACAAAAACAAACACCUGUUCUCCAAAUUGUGUCAUAUGGAUCAGAGUUGAGCAAUCGUGGUCCAACAUUUGACAUGGACAUAUCAGACUUUAUGGAUGGAGGGAAACCGAUUUCAUAUGAAAAGGCAAAACAUUACUUUUCCCAAGACACAUCUCAAAGAUGGGCUGCAUAUGUUGCUGGUGCCAUUAUUGUUUUAAUGAAAGAAUUGAAUGUCAGGUUUGAAAGCAGCAUCAGCAUGCUGGUUUCCUCUGCUGUUCCAGAAGGAAAAGGUGUUUCUUCUUCUGCAUCUGUGGAGGUAGCUACUAUGUCAGCUAUUGCUUAUGCACAUGGAUUAAAUAUCAGUCCAAGAGAGCUUGCUUUACUCUGCCAAAAGGUGGAAAAUUAUGUGGUUGGAACACCAUGUGGAGUGAUGGACCAAAUGACUUGUGCAUGUGGUGAAGAAAACAAGCUUCUUGCAAUGCUUUGUCAGCCUGCUGAGGUAUUAGGGCUAGUGGAUAUUCCUAGUCACAUACAGUUUUGGGGAAUUGACUCUGGUAUACGCCACAGUAUUGGGGGUGCUGAUUAUGGAUUUGUAAGGAUAGGAGCCUUCAUGGGUCGAAAAAUCAUCACAUAUAUUGCAUCUUCUAUGAUUUCUCAAGCAUCUUCAAAUAGUAAUGGGCAUAAUAAUCAUGAGCAUGACAUUAGCCUACUUAAAACCGAAGCUUCUUUAAAUCAUUUGUGCAAUCUCACCCCACACAGAUAUGAACAUACAUAUGUUAAGAAUCUACCCGAUUCUAUGUCUGGUGAAGCCUUUUUGAAAGAAUAUAAGGAUCACAAUGAUUCAGCAACAGUUAUCAAUGCCAAAUGUAUUUACCCCAUCAAAUCAGCUACCACACAUCCCAUUUAUGAAAAUUUCCGUGUCAAGGCCUUCAAAGCACUACUAACAUCAUCACCUUCAGAAGACCAACUCACUGCUCUUGGAGAACUCCUGUAUCAGUGUCACUAUAGCUACAGUGGUUGUGGAUUAGGGUCAUAUGGAACAGAUAGACUAAUCCAAUUGGUUCAAGAAAUGCAACACAAUAAUAGUAAUAAUAAUAAAUCAACACAAACAGAUGGAAGCUUAUUAUAUGGGGCAAAGAUCACUGGAGGUGGAUCUGGUGGGACCAUUUGUGUUCUUGGAAAGAAUUCUCCUCAAACUAGACAAUGUAUCACUCAGAUUCAAAAGAGAUACCAAAAGGCAACAGGCUACAAGCCAUUUGUCUUUGAGGGUUCAUCACCGGGUGCAGGGAAAUUUGGUUAUUUGAAAAUUCGAAGCCGUGAAGUUAGCCAGAAAAACAAGUAGUAUUUUUUUUAUUAAUGUAAAUUCAUAAUCAUAUAUUCGUAUUCUUGCUAGGAAAAGA